CGGCCGCUGCGCUCCGCGGCGCGGAAUAGAAUGAACUGUAACAAAACAAGCCGAGCCUUUGUAUCUCCUUAAAGGGGCCGCGGGCACUUCCCUCCUGUCCCCCUCCACCCCCGCCCCGCAACCGCGUCUCCAGGGCGCCCAGCAACUGGCUGGAAGGGCUUCCCUCGUCCUCAGAACAGCCCGCCAGCGAGAAGAGGCGAGCCAGGCGGGAGGCAAAGAGGAGACACCGCAUUUCUGAAAGGCAAGAAAGAAAGCAAGGAAGGAAAAAGAAAAAAAAAAAAAAAAGAAUAAGCCCAGCGGCGCAGAGUGGACUCUGGUCCGAGAGAGCGCGGUCGGGCGCCGGAACGUGGACCGAGAGGCACCGGAAUGCAAACAAAGCUCGCGGGCGCCUGUGCAGGGCUCGCGGGCAAGCCCGGAAAGUUUGUUUUAUGAUGGCUUGAGUGCGCGAGUGCGUGCAGGGGAGCGACGCUGCCAAGUUUCCCUCUCGUGUUUUGUUAUUUGGGGAGAGAUGUUUCUCCCAUGAACCUGCGGAGGCUUGGGGGCUUGUGCUGCGGGGGGCACCUGUCUCUCAUUUUAUUCUUAUUUUUUUGGAAGACGCGGUAACAUCAUGUCGAAAGUGAUCCAGAAGAAGAAUCACUGGACUAGCAGGGUUCACGAGUGCACCGUGAAGCGGGGACCCCAGGGCGAGCUGGGGGUGACGGUGCUGGGGGGCGCGGAGAAUGGGGAGUUUCCAUAUGUCGGAGCGGUGGCUGCGGCCGAGGCGGCGGGGCUUCCCGGCGGCGGCGAGGGCCCGAGGCUGGGCGAGGGGGAGCUGCUUCUCGAGGUGCAGGGGAUCCGGGUGUCCGGCUUGCCCCGCUAUGACGUGCUGGGAGUCAUCGACAGCUGCAAGGAGGCCGUCACCUUCAAAGCCGUCAGACAAGGAGGAAGGCUGAACAAAGACCUGCGACAUUUUCUCAAUCAACGGUUCCAGAAAGGGUCUCCUGAUCAUGAGCUUCAGCAGAUCAUAAGAGAUAACCUGUACCGCCAUGCUGUGCCUUGCACAACCCGGUCUCCAAGAGAAGGAGAAGUGCCUGGCGUGGACUAUAACUUUCUGACCGUGAAGGAGUUCUUGGACCUUGAGCAGAGUGGGACUCUCCUGGAAGUUGGCACCUAUGAAGGAAACUAUUAUGGGACACCCAAACCUCCUAGCCAGCCAGUCAGUGGGAAAGUGAUCACGACGGAUGCCUUGCAAAGCCUUCAGUCUGGCUCCAAGCAGUCGACCCCCAAGCGAACCAAGUCCUACAAUGAUAUGCAAAAUGCUGGCAUAGUCCAUGCGGAGAACGAGGAAGAGGAUGAUGUUCCUGAAAUGAACAGUAGCUUUACAGCCGAUUCUGGUGACCGAGACGAUCACCCUCUCCAGGAAACAUCACUACCACCCGCAAAUAGUAGCAUCGCCGCUGCUCCCAUCACGGACCCUUCUCAGAAGUUCCCUCAAUACCUACCUCUUUCUGCAGAGGAUAACUUAGGUCCUCUACCUGAAAACUGGGAGAUGGCCUAUACCGAAAAUGGAGAAGUCUAUUUUAUAGACCAUAACACAAAAACAACAUCUUGGUUAGACCCUCGGUGCCUGAACAAGCAGCAAAAGCCUCUGGAAGAGUGUGAAGAUGAUGAAGGGGUACACACCGAGGAGCUGGACAGUGAACUAGAACUGCCCGCUGGGUGGGAAAAGAUUGAAGACCCUGUCUAUGGUAUCUACUAUGUAGACCACAUCAACAGGAAGACACAAUAUGAGAACCCAGUUCUAGAAGCCAAAAGGAAGAAGCAGCUUCAGCAGCAGCAGCAGCAGCAGCAGCAGCCACAGCCGCAGCCAGAAGAAUGGACAGAAGAUCAUUCAUCCCUUGUGCCUCCUGUUACUUCAAACCACCCCCCAAGCAAUCCGGAGCCGGCCAGAGAAGCUCCACUUCAGGGCAAACCCUUUUUUACACGAAACCCUUCUGAGUUGAAAGGCAAGUUCAUUCACACGAAGCUGCGGAAAAGCAGUCGUGGCUUUGGCUUCACAGUCGUUGGAGGGGAUGAGCCUGAUGAGUUUCUCCAGAUCAAGAGCUUGGUCCUGGAUGGUCCUGCCGCGUUGGACGGCAAGAUGGAAACAGGGGACGUAAUUGUCAGUGUGAAUGAUACCUGUGUUUUGGGACACACACAUGCUCAAGUUGUGAAAAUCUUCCAGUCCAUUCCCAUCGGUGCCAGUGUGGACCUUGAACUCUGCCGAGGUUAUCCAUUGCCUUUUGACCCAGAUGACCCCAAUACAAGUUUAGUGACCUCAGUGGCCAUUUUGGAUAAAGAACCAAUUAUUGUGAAUGGGCAGGAGACCUAUGAUUCGCCAGCUAGCCACAGCAGUAAAACAGGCAAAGUCAACGGCAUGAAGGAUGCCCGGCCAAGCAGCCCUGCUGACGUGGCUUCAAACGGUUCCCAUGGUUAUCCCAAUGACACUGUCUCUUUGGCUUCCUCCAUAGCCACUCAGCCGGAACUCAUAACUGUUCAUAUAGUCAAAGGGCCAAUGGGCUUUGGUUUUACUAUCGCAGACAGUCCUGGUGGUGGUGGCCAAAGAGUGAAACAGAUUGUUGACAGUCCACGGUGCCGAGGGCUGAAGGAAGGGGAUCUUAUAGUGGAAGUUAAUAAGAAGAACGUGCAGGCUCUGACUCACAACCAAGUGGUGGAUAUGCUGAUUGAAUGUCCAAAGGGAAGUGAGGUCACGUUGUUGGUGCAACGAGGAGGGCUGCCAGUUCCCAAGAAGAGCCCAAAGUCGCAGCCACUGGAAAGGAAAGACAGCCAGAAUAGUUCUCAGCACAGUGUCUCCAGCCACCGAAGCCUGCACACAGCAUCCCCAAGCCACAGCACUCAGGUGCUCCCUGAGUUCCCACCUGCAGAGGCCCCAGCUCCAGAUCAGACCGACAGCUCUGGGCAGAAGAAACCAGAUCCUUUUAAAAUCUGGGCCCAGUCCAGGAGCAUGUAUGAAAACCGACUUCCAGAUUACCAGGAACAGGACAUCUUCCUCUGGAGGAAAGAGACUGGAUUUGGAUUUAGGAUUCUGGGUGGAAAUGAACCAGGGGAACCUAUUUAUAUUGGUCACAUCGUACCACUGGGUGCUGCUGAUACGGAUGGCCGCCUGAGGUCUGGAGAUGAAUUAAUUUGUGUGGAUGGGACACCGGUAAUUGGAAAAUCACACCAACUUGUGGUCCAGCUUAUGCAACAAGCCGCCAAGCAAGGCCAUGUCAAUCUUACAGUGCGUCGUAAAGUGGUGUUUGCGGUCCCGAAAACAGAGAACGAGGUGCCGUCGCCGGCGUCCUCCCAUCACAGCAGCACGCAGCAGGCCUCGCUGACCGAGGACAAGCGCACGCCGCAGGGCAGCCAGAACUCGCUGAACACGGUGAGCUCGGGCAGCGGCAGCACCAGCGGCAUUGGCAGUGGCGGCGGCGGCGGCAGCGGCGUGGUCAGCGCCGUGGUGCAGCCCUACGACGUGGAGAUCCGGCGUGGGGAGAGUGAAGGCUUCGGCUUCGUCAUCGUGUCCUCGGUGAGCAGGCCCGAAGCAGGCACGACCUUUGGCAAUGCAUGUGUGGCUAUGCCUCACAAAAUAGGUCGGAUUAUUGAGGGGAGCCCUGCUGACCGCUGUGGCAAGCUGAAAGUAGGAGACCGGAUCUUGGCAGUCAAUGGAUGUUCCAUCACCAACAAAUCCCAUUCAGACAUUGUCAACCUAAUCAAGGAAGCGGGAAACACAGUUACCCUCCGCAUCAUUCCCGGGGAUGAGUCCUCGAAUGCCACCUUGCUGACCAACGCAGAGAAGAUUGCCACCAUCACCACCACACACACCCCUUCUCAGCAAGGGGCCCAGGAGACAAGGAAUACCACCAAACCAAAGCAGGAAUCUCAGUUUGAGUUCAAAGCACCCCAGGCCACACAGGAGCAAGACUUUUACACUGUGGAACUGGAAAGAGGAGCCAAGGGAUUUGGCUUUAGUCUUCGAGGAGGCCGAGAGUAUAACAUGGACCUCUAUGUUCUACGCUUAGCAGAGGAUGGUCCUGCAGAAAGGUGUGGAAAGAUGAGGAUUGGUGAUGAAAUUUUAGAGAUCAAUGGCGAGACCACCAAAAACAUGAAGCAUUCUCGGGCUAUAGAACUGAUUAAGAAUGGUGGCCGCAGAGUGCGUCUGUUUCUGAAACGGGGAGACGGCUCAGUACCAGAAUAUGACCCCGGCAGCGACCGGCACGGCCCCCCCACCUGUCCACCAGGUGUUCCGGAAGUGAGGGCCGGGCCCCCGGAGCGGCGGCCACGUGCGGCCCUGGAGCCCAGCUACCCUCCCGACCUUCACAGCUCAUCACUCCACGGGGAAAAGCGCGCACACGCGAGACACGCGAAAGGCAGCAGGGAGCACAGCAGACAACCCAACGAACACCACACCUGGAAUGGCACUUCUAGAACACCCGCCGGCGGGGCCUGCCGACCCACGGACCGGGCCCCGGAGGGACGGAGAGAGGCCCCGCCUGAGCCGGCGGCGACCGAUGGGCCCAAGAGGAGGUCCCCGGAGAAGCGGAGGGAAGGCACCCGCAGCGCCGACAACACCCUGGAGAGGAGGGACAGGCCCGAGCGGAGGAGGGACGCUUCUCCCGAGAGGAGGCGGGACCGGUCCCCGGCCCGCAGGAGGGACGGCUCGCCCGGCCGUCGCAGGAGGUCCCUGGAAAGACUGCUGGACCAGAGAAGAUCCCCGGAGCGCAGGAGAGCGAGCUCGCCCGACAGGAGAGCCAAGUCGAGCGACCGCAGGCGGGCCAGGUCCCCCGAGCGCAGGAGAGAGCGGUCGCUGGACAAAAGGCACAGAGAGGACAGAGUCAGCCACCGAGAAAGGGAAGAGGCCAGUCUGAAACAGGACGCCGGCAGAAGCUCCAGACCGCCCCCGGAGCAGAGGAGGCGGCCUUACAAAGAAUGUAGCACCGACCUCAGCAUCUGAGACUCCAGCUCACACUCCAGCCUUUACCGUGUCAAAGGUUCUAAGACGAAGGUCACAAACCUGAAAUCAAAAAUCUAGUUUCUUACCUAAAGAAGCAUCCCACACCCGAUGAACCUAUGAAUGCCACAAACAUUUUAUGCAUUUGAAAUCUUAUAAGAAAAAAGUAUCUAUGAAAAAGUGUUGUGCCUGGUGUAUAAUAUUAAAGAAAGUAUUUUUAAAUGCAUACUUUUUGGGAAAUUAUUUGCCAAA